CUCAAAGUUUCUUCCUCUUAACUUAGUCCCACUCUAAUGGCUCUUCUUCUCCACCUCCCCUUCCUUCUGGUUCUGUCCUAAAAACCAGUCAGUCAGUCCCUUCUCCUUAGCCCACUUCAUAAAAGAUAUUAAUUAUUUUAAUCAAUUCCCCCCUUUAAUUCGGGCCCAUUAUGGUUGACAACAAAGGCGAUCAAACCACCAAGACCAAACCACCGUCUCAGCAACCACAACCACAGCAGCAGCAAAAGCUCUCCUCUUCCUCUUCCCCGAGAGCCGACCAAGAAUCCCCCGAACAUCGGCCGCCGCUCCACCGCCAGCGCCACCAGUUCACCAUCCCCGCCCCUCUCUACGUCCCCUCCGCCUCCCACCCUUUCGACCCACAAUUCGAGACCACCCCGAAGCGCCUCCGCUACUCCUCCGCCACCUCCCAAUGGAAGCUCCUCUCCCCUUCCUCCCAACCCAUAUCCUCCGCCGCCGCCGACACAACGGCGGCAGCCACCUCCAUAGCCGCAGCAGCCGCCACCGCUUCCUCCUCCGACACGGCCACCUCGUCCCCGACCCACUCCCCUGUUCCAUCCCUCUCCGCCGCCUCCGGCCAGGAGACCAGCAAGCCAUCCGCCGAGGACCAGCAGCAGCAGCAGAUUCAUCAGAUGAGGAAAGGGAAGUACGUGAGCCCGGUGUGGAAGCCCAACGAGAUGCUCUGGCUCGCCCGCGCCUGGCGCCUCCAGUACCAGGACGGCGGCGGAGGCGGCGACUACGGGGACCACCACCUGGCGGCGGCGGCGGUGCAUUCGACGAGGGGGAAGACGCGCGCCGACAAGGACCGCGAGGUGGCGGAGUUUCUGAACCGGCAGGGCGUCCAGCGCGACGCGAAGACGGCGGGGACCAAGUGGGACAACAUGCUCGGCGAGUUCCGGAAGGUCUACGAGUGGGAGAGGGGCGGCGAGCGGGAUCGCGUCGGGAAGAGCUACUUCCGGCUGUCGCCGUACGAGAGGAAGCUGCACAGGCUGCCGGCUUCUUUCGACGAGGAGGUCUUCGACGAGCUUUCUCAGUUCAUGGGGUCUCGGGUCCGCACUCCCAAUUCCCACGGCCGGAGUAGUAGUGCUGCUGCUGCUGCCGGUGGAGGAGGAGGUUGUCUCUUGAUUGGCUCCGGUACUGGUACUACGACGUCCUCGGGUGACGAGGUUGGCGGUCGAAACGUCGUCGUUGGGAUGACACCAACCAGGCCUUCCCUCCUUCCUCCCCCGCCGUUUAAGGACGACGAUACCCUCAUCAACCUCCCCCUAGCGUCAGGGAGGAGUGGGAAGCAGUUGGUGAUCACGAGUGGUGGCGGCGGCGGGGGGCAGGCGGCGGAGGGGUAUUUCGGCCACGGAGGGAGAGGAGGGAGUUCCUCCUCCGGCGCAUUAGGGUUUGAGGCAUCGAUGGAGGCGGGAGCUGGAGGUAGGCCGUCGAGCAAGGAGCUCAGGAGGAUCGGGAAAGUGAGGAUGACGUGGGAGGAAUCCGUGAGCUUGUGGGCCGAAGAAGGCGAGCAUCACAAAGGUAGAGUGAAGCUUCAAGGCUCCAGCUUCCUGAACGCCGACGAGCUCACCUUCUUGGACGACUCCAUGGUGGCAUGCACCAUGGAAGCCUUCGAAGACGGUGCUCUCAGAGGCUUCUCCGUCGACAAGUUCGUCUCUGGCCAGCACGUCAAGGUUUUCGGUAGAAGGAAAUCCUCCCCCGCGGGCGUCAAUAUGGAAAGAGUUCACAUCCCAUCGGCUGAACCUCCUACCAGAUCAUUAGUGCCGCCGUUGGAAUAUCAAGACCCGACGGAGUACUACACGAGCUGCCUCCGAGUCCCACCGCCGACUCUCCCGAGCUUGUUCGAACUCUCGUGGUACAUCCAAGAGCCACCGCCGGAGGAACUGAGGUUCCCGCUCCGCAAGGACGUGUACCGAGACUUGCCUCAAACGAAAGAGCACUUCUUCAUCACGUCGGCAGAAACAACCCCGCUCGACUCCAAAUCAUUCACCAUGGAAGUCCUGUCCCCCAUCGUCCGCGCCACCUCGAUCACACCAUCCAGCCGGGACUCGUUCAUCGGCCUCUGGGACGACUGCAUCAACCGUCUCGUCUCCAAGUUCUGCUCCCUCGACCUCACCGUCAUCCGAAAGCCAGCUCCCCCUCCGCCGCCCCACGCUUCCACAACGUCGUCGUCGUUGCAGGACCAAUGGCCGAACGUGACAGGUUUCGUCCGAAACUUGUGCCUGUGGAGGGGAGAGGAAACCGACCAACCGAGAGACGAAAUGCACCAUCCAUCGUCCACCAUCGUCGAGAAGCUGAUGUGGACGUACGCCGAUCUCCCCUACAUCCUCGGGUACUACGCGGUGGGCCACACGGUGACGUUUUGCGCGCUCUGUCGAUCGUCGUCCCAGAUCGUGCGAACCGAUCUCUACUCCUUGGACCUCUCCAGCCCGUCCGAGCGUAUCAAGGCGCUCGUCCCGUGUUACAGAAUCGGCGGGCUGCUAACCCUCCUCGCCGAACGCUGCUGCUCCAACAACAACAUCAUUGCCCCCGCCACCACGACCACCACCACGAUCUACAGCGACUUCGACCGCGUCGAGCAAGGCGGAAACGGCGUGGUAACCGAGAUGACACCCAACACGAUGACGAGGUUCUUCCCGAGCAGGACGAAAUGGGCGGCGGUGAAGGACAUCUACGACAUCCUCGACCAAAGGAUCCCACACGCGGAGUAUAUCUGGCGGUCGUCGGAGAGGGAGCUGGCGCUUGUGUUCAAGCCGCGAGGGGUGAGGUUCAGGCCGACGAGCUGCGAGCAGCUGGUGGAGUCGUUGAUCUACGUGACCAAAGCGUUGGUGGCGCUGCACGACUUGUCGUUUAUGCACAGGGACUUGAGUUGGGAUAAAGUGAUGAUGAGAAGAAGUGGUGGCGGGGAUGGGGAUGGAGGGCAGCAGGAGUGGUUUGUUUGUGGGUUCGACGAGGCGGUGGUGGCGCCGCAGCUGUACCCGCACGAGGUGGUGGCGGCGGCGGCCGGAGGAAGAGGAGGGGGUGGGAGGCACGCGCCGGAGAUGGGGCGAGGGAUGCAUGGGGUUAAAGUGGACGUUUGGGGGGUUGGGAACCUGGUGAGGACGUGCGGUGUUGUUGGCGGGAACGGGGUGCCGAAGCUGCUGAGGGAGCUGCAGAAUCGGUGUCUGGAUCAGAACCCGGAGCAGAGGCCGACUGCCGCCGAUUGCUACCACCACCUGUCGCAGCUGCAGUCCUCGCUCGGGUUGCAGCCUUCUUCUGGCGCCGGCGGUGCUUCUUAUUGA